CUCAAUUGUUUGAUACACUGUAAGUUCAAUACUCUUCAGUCACUCAAAUUAUUUUGCAUACUGUAUGCUGUACUUCAGUUACAAAACACAACCAACUCUUAAUUUGUAUCCGUAAAAUAAGCAAUAAUGACCAUGUCCAGACAAUACACAAACAUUAAUCAAUCAACAUAAUAACAUAUAUACGUCUGUUCAGUACUUCGAGGUUAUGCUUAUCUUUUAACUCAUUACGUGCAUUUACAGAUAUUUACUCUUAAUCACACCACAUUUUUCAGCUGUUAUCCUAAUAAUGAAGAACUAAGCAAUUUAUGUUCAGGAGGUGCACACCCUUAACAAAUUAAGCAUUACCAAACGGAACAACUAAAAUCAGGAUGGUGGAUAAUCCCUUACUCUCCCUGCACGAGAAUUAUUUCAAACUUCAUCGCCUAAUAAAUGAUGACGCCGCGCAAAAAUUUCGCGAGAUUUUCGCGUCCCUCUGGCACGAUGCUGGACGUUCGCCUUGGAAAAAUGCGCCAAGUUUUGGGCAUCAAUUCGUUCAGACUAUGGGUUCUGGACUUUACAAGAGGAGUCAAAAAAUUCAGAGAAAAUUUCUCGACUCAGGCAACAUAAACAUGUGGGAUUUACUACUUCUUAUGGAUUCCAUCAAAGCGAUUCACGAAUAUACUAAAGCUAUACAUCCUCAUCAAGGCGAUUUUGAAAAGUUGAGAGAAAUCCGCAACGAAUUGUCACACCUGGGAAAUACACAACUGGAUGACCAAACUUUCCAAGCACAUUGGACAUCAGCCAUACAAAUCCUGUCCAAAUAUGGCUUGAAAGAAGACGACCUUAGCUCCACCACAAUUAAACUUUCUGGAUCAGAAGUGGAGAGCGGAAUGCUGGCCAAGGUGAUGCAGUUAAAAGACGAAGGAAACACUUGCUUCGGACAAGGAAAUUUUUGGAAAGCCAUCAAGCUGUACACUGAAGCAAUUGAAGUGGAAAAUAUUGACUCCAAGAGUUUGUCCAUCCUCUACUCGAACCGGUCGGCAGGUUUUUGUCAAGUAAAAUUCUACUCGGAGGCCAAAACUGAUGCGAAAUGCUGUAUUAACCUGCAACCUCAGUGGGGAAAGGGGUACUACAGGCUGGGAUUGUGCUAUGAGAAACUGAACAAAUUUCAACAAGCUUUACUUAACUAUGAGAUUUCCCUCAAGUACGAUCCAGCGUAUCAAACAUGUCUCUUCGCUAAAAACUAUUGUAUCCACAUGAUCGCUAAACAAAAACGCGAAGAACAUUUGGACCCUACCAAACUCCCACCGACUGUUGCCGAGAUGGAAGAUCGGACAUCGAGGCUUGGCUUUGGAAACAUUCCAUUUAGGAAUGAAAUGCAGAAGGCCCUAUGCCGAGCUGGCGCUACAACUUUUAUAUGUCAAGAGGCUCAUAAAUACGCAAAAGGAGCAAAAGAUUAUCCUCAAAAUUACAAAAAAGCAGCGAAGCUUUUUUCCAAAGCAGCAAGUCAAGGAAAUGCAGAAGGAAUGUACAAUCUUGGUUUAUUAACGGCCGAAGACUUGCAUAUCAGUUAACACUCAAAGCUGCAGAGCAACCCCGACUG